CCGGGGCCACAGGGCCGAAGGUCACUUCACGGGCUUGGCAUGAACCACGCGCCUUUGGCAGGCACUAGGCGAAAUGCGCCACUUCGGUGCUUCCAGGUAAGGUGCAAGCAGCAAGCUAGCGAGCGGCGAUGCCUCCGGGUCACAAUUUCUCACCUGGCUUCCUUAAUGCCUAAACUCCUCGCACUAACUCCCUCCGACGCGACUUGCAGCUCCCCUGCUUCGCUCGCACCGCGAACCACGAGGCCGUGCCGGCGGUUGGCCCGGUCGCCACCGCGCUCGACGAGUGCGUCGCUCACCUAUGAGAAGUGCUCGCUCAGCUGAAGUUAGUGCUCAUUGUUUGCCACUGCUGUGGCGGGUGCAUUCGUAAGGAAGCAGAUUAACAGUCCUUAAAAACUGCUACGUAGUGACGUAGUUCCUGCCGAUGUCGGUGGCCUGACGUUCCCGUCUAGAUAUAUGCUCGCCUCACACUCAUUCUCUGGCGUCCAAAGCCGGGCACGCAAAGGAACCUUUCACUUUUUGGGCGUUCGAGUUGUUGUUGAGCUAGCGCUAGCUUGCAGGGCUGCAUACUCAUAUAGACACACACCUCAAUUUAAGCUUCCAUUUGUACCAGCCCUGGAACACUUAGCCAGGACGCAACAUCACAAGAUGCUGCAAUCGAUGUUGCGAGCGGCGUUGAGCUCCAUGACCUGGUGGCUGCUAGCGGCUGCGCUGUCUGGUGCUAUUGCUUGGUGGCGCCAUGCGGGCCGGCCCCGGGCCAAACCGACCUCGGCGGCUUUUGGCUGGCGCGCGGGGUCGGCAAUCUUUGGCUGUGCGCAAGAGUUCGACCGGGGCGCACCCCAUCGAACGCUUCUGGACUUCGCAACCCAAGAUCAGGAUGCUUCAAGCUUGCUGUCGAUUGGCUUUGGCGUCUUGCGCGGGCCCCUGGUCCUGGUCUCUGAACCCGGCGUGGCUGUUGGGCUGCUACGGUUAGAUGGCGCGAGCGCCCGGUCCAGUAAGGGCCCGGGCUAUGAUGCAAUCCGCAGCGUCACACCCGGACACCUGCUGGUCAGUGAGGGUCAGCAGUGGCGGCUUAUGCACGCCCUGGCGACACCCGCCUUUGCCGCCGCGCACAGGCGCCACACGCCCACCACCCUUGCCCGCGCCGCGCGUGACUUUGCCGAGGGCCUCCCGCUGCGGGCCGCGACGCCACCACCGCCGGUGCCGCCACGGCAGCAGCAAAUGCAGACGCUGCUGAGUGGCGGUGGCAGUCCCACCAGCAGGGCCACGCAGGGAGAGGCCACGUCAGCUGCUGGCCACGGCGGCGGCGACAGCUCCAGUUGUGGGGCAGACGGCAGCGGCGGCAGUAGCAGCACCACAAUAAGCGGCAGUAGCAGCACCACAAGCGGCAGUAGCAGCAGAAGAGGCAGUAGCACGGAUGGCGCAUUUGUGGUUGAGGACCUGGCGGCUGAGGUGCGGAGCUGGAGCCUGGGCGUGGUGAUGGAGGUUGUGUUCGGCAGCAGUAGCAGCGGCAGUGGCAGUAGCAGCUGCGGCAGUGGCAGCAGUGGCAGCGGCAGUGGCAGAAGUAGCAGCGGCAGUGUCAGUGGCAGUAGCAGCAGCAGUGUCAGUAGUAGCAGCGACCGCAGCAGCGGCAGUAGCAAGGCGGAACUACUGGAGCGCGGGGCGUUUGCGGCGGCGCUGCGGGGGGUCAUGGAGGAGUGGCACCGCAGGGCUGUAGCACUGCUGCCGCUGUGGCGGCUGCAGGCGGCGGUGGCGGCGGCAGCACAUGCUACAGCCGCCGCUGCCGCCACGGCCGCCGCCACCGCCACCGCGGCCUCCUCUGUGGCGGCUGUCAAGGGUGGCGACGCGUAUGCACCGAGGCUGCUGCUGCGGCGGCUGCUGUGCGCGUGCACCGUCAUCAGCAUCGGCGGCGGCCUUCUCCGGCGCGGCCGGGCAUGGGCUCUGGCGGUGGCGGCACGGGUGUUGGGCUGGGCCGCCGACGCAUUGAUGGUGGCGGACUGCGGUGGCGUGGCGGCGGCGCGGCGGCUGCGGCGGAGUCAGGAGGUGGUGGCGGCGUUUGUGCGGCGGGAGGUACGGGCCGCGCUGGCAGAAGCUGCUGCGGCGGUGGCUUCGUGUGUGGAGCCGGCGGAGGCGGAGGCAGCGGCAGUAGUUGGGGACCGGGGCGGCGGAGAAAGCGGUGACAGCGGCAGCGGCGGCGGUGGCGGCGGUGGCGGCGGUGGCGGCGGCAAGGUGACUGUGGCAAACGUGGCGGCGGCGGCGCCGCCGCCGCCGCCUCCACCAAAACCGCUGGUCCGUGUCAUUGCGGCAGAGGCGGUCAGGCAAAGUGCUGCACGUGCACCUGCGCCUGCGCCUGCGCCUGCGCCUGCGCCUGCUUUGGCUUCGGAUGGUGGUGCCGGAGGAGGACACACGGGGCGCACCGCAGCCGCUGCAGCCUCAGCCGCAUCAGCCGGCGGUGCGGGUUCAGAGCAUGGGGAGCGGCUGGCUGUAGCAGCGGAGGGCGUGGCCCUGACGCUGGUGGGCAUGGGGCACGAGAACGUGUCUGCUACUGCCGCCUGGGCGUUGCUACUGCUGGCGGCACACCCGGAGCAGCAGCAGGCGCUCUACCGCGAGUUGAGGCAGUGGGCGGCAGCUGCAGCACCCGCACCCACAGCCACACCCGCAGCCGCAGUCGCACCCGCAGCCAUCACCGCUGCCGCCGAGUCACUCCCCGGUGGCGGCGGCGGCGGCUUCGCCACCCCCACAGCAGCAGUAGCGGCAGCAACUGCAGUGGCCACGCCAGCCGCGGGCGGCGCCGGCCUUGACACUGCAGAUCCCGGCGGCAGUAGCCGUACUGCGGCGCUGCUGCGGCUGCCGUACCUGGAUGCCGUACUGCGGGAGACGCUGCGGCUGUACCCGCCCGUGCCCAUGCUGUCACGCCAGCUCAUGCAGGACACCACGAUCGGUGGCGUCAUGCUCCCCAAAGACGUGGAGCUGGUGGUGUCGCCCUACGUGCUGCACCGCCUGCCGCGGCUGUGGGGCCCGCACGCCGCCUGCUUCCAGCCUGAGCGCUUCAUGCCGCCACCGCCGCGACCGCCGCCGCCGCCGCUGCCGUCGGCCCUGUUACCGCUGUCUCCCACACCGCCGCCGCCAGCGCCGACUCAGCAGCCCGCCUCGGCGUCGCCGCGACCGGCGCCUGAGCCGGGUCAAAGCGAGCUCUCAGCAGGGACGCCGUCGCCAACGCCGCCGCCAACGCCGCCGCCAACGCCGCCGCCGAUGUCGCCGCAAAAGCAUCCGCAGAAGCUGUCCGCUGCAUGGUCGGCGCCGCUCGCGCUGCUGCAGCCGCAGCAGCCGCUGCAUUCGCUGCCACAGCCGCAUCACACGCAGCGGGCUCUGUCAGCGGACGCUGGUUUCGUGUCCCACGGCGGCGACCACGCCGCUGCUGCUCCGUAUGCGGGUGCCGGCGGAGCGGGCAGCGGUUUGAGCGGUGUCGGCAAUAGUUUGAGCAGUAGCAUCAGCAUCAGCAGUAGAAGCUCUGCUGCUGGUGUCACUGCUGGCUGCGGUGACGACGGCUGGCAGUCCCAGCACCACCAGCGUCACACCGCAUGUGUCAGGGGCCUCAGCAGCCCUGGAGUGCUGUCACUGCCGCCGCCGCCGCCGCCGCCGCCGCCGUCGCCGCCGUCGCCGCCACCGUCAGCGCUCGCGGCUUCCACAGUGGCGACUACUCCGAUUGCGGCGGUAGCAGUCGCGACAGCAGCAGCGCCGGCCUCUCCGCAGCAGCAGCCUUCCCCACCUCCGCCUGCUGCUGGUGGCGGCUGUACGGAACCAGCAGCAGCGGGUCCCUACCUGCCCUUUGGCGCGGGGCCCCGGGCCUGCCCCGGCGCCUCCUUCGGCUCCGCGGAGGUAAAGCUGCUCGUGGCGCAUGUGGUGAUGCGCUACAGCCUGGAGCUGCUACAGCCGCCGCCGCCGUCGCCGCGGCUGCAGCCAGCAGCGGCGGCUGCUACUGCCGCCGCCAUUGCCGCGGCUGCAGCUGGAAGGGAUGGUGACGGCGGCGGUCCAGUGGUGAGCCGAAGGGCUACAAGCAAUGUCAAGGGCGGCGGCAGCAGCGGCAGCGGCAGCGGCAGCGGCAGCGGCAGCGGCAGCGGCGGCGGCGGCGGCAGCAUCUCCACCUCUGAUGCAGCAGCCCCUGUCCCCUCUGAUGUGGACCUGCUACUGCCGCAGCAGCUGUUUGUGUCGUUGCGGCCAGGGCCGGGCGUGCGGGUGUGCUUUGUGCCCAGGCAUCAGCAGCAGGUUGAAUGAGGUGCCGUUUGCUUGGCCGUGUGUGAACUAACGCGCCACUGUACGCAUCUAGCUAGUUUGGAGUGGAAACUGGCAUUCGUGGCCGUGUGGUACGUAGUUGGUCGUGCGGGCAGGUAGGAAGUGCAAGUGAUAGUUUCAGCACGAUGCACACGGGUUUGCCGCAGCGGCGAUGCGUCGGGAUGCAUCUGGCGCAUACUGCCGGUACGUAGGGACUUUGUUCGUGUUCCUUUCUCGUGUUGGCUAGCACACAUGUAUAGGCGGGGUUGCACGUGUUCUAUCUGGUGUUAGCUACCGCCGUAGCACGGGGCUGCACCAUAUGUUGCUGUUGACCCGUGCUGGGCGUGUGGGGUUGACAUGCAGGAUGGGGACCGGCGUCACUGGUUUUGGGACUGCACUGUGGCGCUGUCCCUGCAAGAAAACAUGGGAAUGGCUAUGGGUUUCGUGCCAGAGGAUGCUCUAAGUGCCUUCUCUUGUGAGGAGUUGUGGUUAGUGCGCCCGCCUGCGGAGCUUGCGCCACCUGUGUGGGAUGUGGUGUGUCUCGCUGCUAUGUCUGCCCUGGACUUUGGUCGGCAGCGUAUGGUUAUAGCCGGGCUGGCGGCGCGAGCGAAGCUGCCGUCGGCCCGGGUGCUGAGCAUUGGACUUGCCGUCGUAGCUGACUUCUGGGGUCGUCUCCAGACGUUUGUGACUUUGGGUAUCAGGCCAAAGGGUUGGGACACUGUGCCGUCUGCGCAUCCUUUCAUCUCUCGGGCUGUUGGUGACGGCAUGGUUUUGCGCUUGCCGUAUGACGCUGAUUCCCCGCCUCCCUCGCCGUGAGAGGUUGUGCGUGGUUGGUGGCUUUGUGUGUGGGCAAGAUGCACAUGUGGGCGAUGUUCUAGUACCUGGACGCUUGCGCCCUGGUUAGUGCGUGCGCUGUGCGUGUGUCCUGCGGCCUAGACGUUUCCCGGCACUUCUGUGCCUAGGCUUGUGGCGUUGAGGCACAGCGGUGCGGCUCUGGCGGGUUGAGGCUUGGCUAGGACUCACUGUGCGCGGAGUCACACGGACUUCGUCCGCGGGAGGGUUUGCAGCAAAGUCGGGGUUGGUGGAGUCAUGUUGGGCCCUGAUAGCAUGUGAUGGCUCGGCGUCUUCGGGUGCUGGGACUGUCCCCUCUGUAACAUCCGCAUUCA